AUGGAACCUAUCGAUGAUUUAGUUUGGAAUUCAGAGGUACCUAUCAAAAAUAUUGGAAUUCGGAGGUUCCGGAUGGAACCUAUCGAUAAUAUUGGAAUUCGGAGGUUCUGGAUGGAACCUAUCGAUGAUAUUGGAAUUCGGAGGUUCUGGAUGGAAGUCAUGGAACCUAUCGAUGAUUUGGAAUUCAGAGGUUCCGGAUGGAAGUCAUGGAACCUAUCGAUAAUUUUGAAAUUCGGAGGUUCUGGAUGCUGA